GCGCCUGCUGUCAACCUGUCUCAGCUGCUAGUUAGCUAGCUUGUACGCGGGUCAUACUUCCAGUAAUGACUCCUGAAAUAAGUCUACAUUAGUGACAUUUAGUCAGAACUAGAAUAACGUAACUGCUGAAGGCAAUGGGGCUACCGCAGAGCUCGUUUCUUUCGGACGGAGGCGCUAACAGUGGAUAUCAUGUCCAUGGGGUUCAGGAGGACUCGCCUGCACUGAAGGCUGGAUUGGAGCCCUUCUUUGACUUCAUUCUCUCUAUAGGAAACACCCGACUUAAUAAAGAAAAUGACUUGCUGAAGGAUCUUCUGAAGGCCAAUGUUGAAAAGGCGGUCAAACUUGAAGUCUAUAACUCCAAAACUCAGCGGGUGAGGGAACUGGAGGUGACACCCAGUAACAUGUGGGGGGGUCAGGGUUUGCUGGGGGCUAGCGUCCGCUUCUGCAGCUUUGAAGGAGCCAAUGAGAACGUGUGGCAUGUCUUGGAUGUGGAACCAAAUUCUCCUGCAGCUCUGGCUGGCCUUAAUGCUUAUAAUGACUUCAUUGUUGGAGCUGACCAGGUGUUACAAGAUUCCGAGGAUUUCUUUUCUUUGAUUGAAGCCAACGAGGGAAAACCUCUGAAGCUUUUGGUGUACAACACUAAGACAGAUCAGUGCAGAGAGGUAGUGGUGACUCCCAAUGGAGCAUGGGGAGGAGAGGGAAGCUUAGGCUGUGGUAUCGGCUAUGGCUACUUGCACAGGAUUCCAACUCGUCCAGUUCAGCUUAAUGCCCAGAACAAAAGUGUUCUUCAACCAGUGCUCACUGGCAGCAGUGAGGAGGUGCCUUCUACAGGUGAAUAUAGCCCAUCUACUGAAGCAGGUCUGAAUCAGAACGAGGAAGCUAUGCAAGAUCUGUCUGCAGUCUCACCCACUCAACAGCCACCAGACCGAGAUAUUUUCAAUGUACCUGAAGUGACGACUUCAGAUUUAUCAGCCACGGUUUUGACUAAUGAGGAAGGCCACAGCUCUGUGUUUGCUAAUUUUGGAGAUGACUCGGGUGAUCAGUGUAGCUUGGAUAAUUCAUCUGUUGACCAAAGACCUUCAUCUCCAGAGAAGCAAGAAGAACCAGAAACUGAGCAGAGGCCUGGUAUCGACCUUACUACCAGCACUUCUCUCAUCACAGAGACUGCUGAUGACAUGGCUGGCCUCAAAAUUACCCCAGAAAACCCGAGUAUCGCAAGUAUCCCCGAGAUACAAGAUACUAAUUCCGAGCCCUUAAGCUCAAUUCAGGUUGUAAGAGAAGAGAUGUUGGAGCCUGCAGGGCCGGACAGUUAGCUGGCUUGCAUAAAAUCAGAUCUAAGAGCACACCAUGUUACAGAAAAGUUGGUGUCACUGGGGCUAUUUUUUUUAAUGUUCAAGAAUUUUAUUUGUAUACCAGUCCCAAUGCUGCAUGCUAAAUUGCACAUUUAUGUUGACUUGAAAGAUCAGGAUACCUACAGCUGACACAACAUGAAUGUAUUCUGUAGUUUAGACAGAGUGUAUGUUUCAACAUCAAACAAGAUUAAGCCUUAGUUUAAGCUAGUCUCUGGAGCUUGAAAAAGGCGACUGGACUUCUUUUUGUUUCUUGAAGACGUUUCACCUCUCAUCCGAAAGGCUUCUUCAGUUCUCAACCAAAUGGUGGAGUUUAAGCUGUCAUGCUGCUAAAAACCAUCCUAGUGUGCACAUAAAAGCCGCAGGUAAAAAUAUUUACCUUUACCUUUUUUCUCUAAAAAUAAUCACCAUAAAAUAGUACAAAACACUGUAGAUUAAUGAUUGACCUGGACGUCACAGCUGGACUUUUUUAGAUGUUUUAAUUACAGUUUAUGUUUUUAUUUUCUGGUGGGUACCCACACAGAAAGAUUUAAUCUCAGGCGUUUACCAUUUAAGCCUUUUUUGCCUUUAUCUUGGUCAAAAUGUUCUUCUGUGUAAUGUGAAUGAGUGGGCCCUGCGUGGCAGCUCUCUGAUUGUUUUCUGUUUAAUCUCUUUAUAUGGAUUUUAGUUAAAUUAUGUUUCUGAUUUGUAUGGAAUAUA